GAGUCGCGUCGCCAUCUUCUGCACCACAUGACCUCGUUGCGGUGUCCCGUGACCAGCUCACGUGAAUUUUGACAAAUUCAAACGUUUUUUUUUUCUCGCGACGAGGGAAUGGACAUCUUGGAGCAGCAGCUCGAACAGCAGGAUGUCAGGUAGUGUUUACGUUAAGUAUCGACCAUCUGAUAACGCGAACACCUAUCCCUUCCGUCUCGCCCGAGGUCUCCUCAAGGUCAUCAUCACUAUGUGCACAGUACGCACUUUGCUUACGCCGUAGGACCAACAUACACAAUCGUCGAACGUCUCCAAAGACGACGGUGGUGACACUGGAAUCGUUAUCGAAGAAACAGAGAUUGUGGAUUGCGAAGGAGAUCCUAUUGGAGAGGAAGAAAUGCAUUAUCCAGAAGCCUUAGCGUAUCGAGUUGUCCAAGUGAAUGGCGCAGCAGCCAUACAAUCAACCAACGAGAUAGAACUGCCUGUGUCGCAACCAGGGAAUAAUACUGUACAGGUUCUAACGUCACCCUUGAAUGGUCAGUUCUAUGUUAUUGGGAAUGCUAAUGACGUCUUCACCACGGCGCAAGCAUCAAGAUCCCUGGUGCCAAGAACGACCACGCUGCAGAUAGAAACCCCGAGGAAUUGUACUAGUGGCUUGAAAAAGAGAGAUGACAGGCGGAGAGCGACACAUAACGAAGUCGAACGUCGGCGUAGAGAUAAGAUAAACAAUUGGAUUAUAAAGUUGAGUAAGAUCAUCCCUGAGUGUAACACAAGUGCUAAUACUACAGGUAGUGGUAGUAGCGGAGAGGGAAAAACUAAUUAUGAAACUCAGAGCAAAGGAGGUAUUCUGGCAAAAGCCUGCGAGUACAUAGCGGAAUUGCGCAUAGCUAAUCAAAAUCUGAACCAAUAUCUUCGAGAUAAUGAGAAAUUACGACAAGAGAUCACAGCAUUGAAACAAUUAGUCACCCAAUUAAAACGCGAAAAUAAUCAGCUCAGGACGCAAAUAUCAUCGUCCUCCUCCUCAUCGGCCACUAAUAGUGUUGAUGUUAUACAUUUGAGCCCUUAAGCUUCCUCUUUUGUAAAUUGAUGGUUUUUUCUCUGUAAAUACUUCUCUAGGAUCUAUGAAUUUUAUCAUGUACACAGAAGAUAUAAUUUUAUAUUCUCUUCUCUGGCAACUGCACUGAACUUAAUAAGAUACUUUAAUUUUAUUAUCUAAAAUCAAAUAUAGGAGCUUCUAGCAAUAUAGUCAUAACUGCAUAUUUAUGAUUUCAUGUUAACAUUGUUUUCAUCUGUAAGGAUAAAUCUAAUAAUUCAUUAAUAGUAGCAUCACUUUUCACUCAUUGUCAGUAAUUAAAACAAAAUUUUAAUUUUGUACAAUUAUUAUUGUUUUACUUUAUUCUAAAGUAUAUUUGUAGAGGAAACAAAGUUUCUGAAAAAUUUUUAAAGUUUAAAUUAAUUUUUUGUCUAAAUAAGAAUUAGGUUUGAGUUAGAUUAAAUAGAAUUUUUUCGGGAUGCUACAAGAUAAAAUGUAGAUUGAAGUUGUAUUUGUAAUAAUUUGAUAUUAUUAUAUGAAGAUGGAAAAUCAAUCUAUUCAUAUCAAAUAACGUACUUAUAAAAAUGUUAUACGUAAUAAAUAUUACAUUCUAUAUGUAGAAAAGAGAUUUCGCAGAUUUUUGAAGAUAUAUUUCUAUAUGCAUCUUAUUUAAUGAUCAUAUUAGACAGUGAAAAUCGUAAAAUUGUUACAUCCGUGUAGUUAUGACUAUUAUCUGGAAGAUCAUCUAUGAAUAGAUAUAGAAAUAUAUAGACUUAUCAUGUCGAUAUAACUGGCAUAUGUUGGAAUAUCGUGGCUGUGAAUAUCAAAAAGUUGGUACAUUUUUCUUUUUUUUUCCCUGUAAAAAUGAUUCAAAAAUUAUAAUACGAAAACGCAGGAUUCUUUUAAGACAGAAAGACAUUUUUGUUGAUUUACAUAUGUAUAAAAGAUCCACAGAUAUGAAUAAAACGAACUGUGCAGUGUUCGUAACAUAUUUUUUAUUUUUAAUACUGUUUUCAUAUAAUUAUAGAAUAGAAUAUUUCAUAGGCUAAACUAAAAGAUUUGAAUUGUAAAAUAUAGAUUAAUACACAUACGGUGUAUAGUCACACAUGUGUAUGUGUACAUAUGCAUAAGAUUGCAUAUGGCAAUGACAUAUUUUUUUCAGCAAGACAAUUUUAUGGAAGAAAAAGGUGCAUCUGAAUUAAUUUACUAAGGCGUUAGAUAUCGGAAUGUAAUAUAUCGUUGAUGUAUAUACCGCGAGGUUUUAUUGUUAUAUAAUUAAUAAUAAUUAUUAAUUAUUAAAACACGAA